AUGGCCAGUAACAAGAAAAUUGAAGCCAAUGACAUUGAGGGGAAGGAUCAAGUUAAUGGGGAUGUCACUGUGAACAUUGCCGACCCCAACGCCAAAAGCAAGAAGAAAGGAUUUUUUUCAAAAUUCAAAAACAAAGACAAAGAAAAAGUUGAAAAGCCAAAAAUGGUCAGCCCUUUCACCAUGUUCCGAUACUCUGGAGUCACAGACAGGUUACUGAUGCUGUUUGGAACUAUAGCAGCCGUAGCACAUGGAGCCGCCUUGCCACUCAUGAUGCUGGUGUUUGGGGAAAUGACAGACAGCUUUGUGUCUUUUGGACAGAAUAUGACAGUGGAUGAAAUGAUACAAGCUUCAAUGACACUGGAAAAGAAUAUGACAACGUAUGCCUACUACUACAGUGGAUUGGGUUUUGGUGUUCUCUUUGCUGCCUACAUCCAAAUCGCUUUCUGGUCUCUGGCUGCUGGACAGCAGAUAAAAAAGAUCAGGAAGAACUUUUUCCACGCAGUGCUGCGACAAGAGAUUGGUUGGUUUGAUGUGAACGAUGCGGGAGAGCUGAACACGAGGUUUGAGCGAUGACGUCCAAAAAAUUAACGACGGAAUUGGUGACAAAAUUGCUAUGCUUAUCCAGGCCUUAACUACUUUCGUGACGGGUUUUGUUAUUGGGUUUGUGAAAGGUUGGAAGCUGACCCUGGUUAUUCUGGCCAUUAGUCCUGUCAUGGGCGUCUCAGCGGCUGUAUGGGCAAAGAUUUUGUCUGCAUUCACUAACAAGGAGCUGACGGCGUAUGCCAAAGCUGGAUCGGUGGCGGAGGAGGUACUGGCUGCCAUCCGGACUGUCAUAGCCUUUGGUGGACAGGCCAAAGAAACUGAAAGGUAUAAAAGGAAUUUAGAAGAAGCCAAAAAGAUAGGAAUCAGGAAAGCCAUUACGGCCAAUGUGUCCAUAGGAUUCGCUUUCCUAAUGAUAUACGCGGCUUACGCUUUGGCAUUCUGGUAUGGAACCACGCUGGUCAUACAAGAACAGUAUUCCAUUGGGAGCGUGUUAACAGUAAUUUUUUUUUUCUUUUUUAUUUUUUAGCGUCGGCCAAACGUCACUCCUAAUAUUGAAGCCUUUUCCAACGCUUAGAGGAGCGGCAUAUGCAGUUUUCAAUAUUAUCGAUAAUGUACCCAAAAUAGACAGCUUCUCCCCAGCAGGAUUUAAACCAGACAAGAUUAAGGGAGACGUUCAGUUUACAAAUGUGAAGUUUACCUAUCCAUCCCGGCCGGAUAUCAAGAUCUUGAAAGGGUUGAACCUCACAGUCCCCAAUGGUAAAACAGUGGCCCUUGUUGGCAGUAGUGGUUGUGGAAAGAGCACGACAGUCCAGCUCAUCCAGAGGUUUUACGAUCCAGAGGAAGGCAUGAUCACAAUAGAUGGACAAGACAUUCGGAACUUAAACUUGAGAUACUUAAGGGAGAUUAUUGGUGUGGUCAGCCAGGAGCCAAUCCUGUUUGAUACCACCAUUGCCGAGAAUAUCCGAUAUGGCCGUGAGGAUGUUACGAUGGAGGAAAUCAUAAGAGCCACCCAAGAAGCCAACGCAUACAGCUUCAUCACGAAGCUUCCAGAUAAAUUUGACACACUCGUGGGGGAGAGAGGGACUCAACUGAGUGGAGGUCAGAAGCAGAGGAUCGCCAUUGCACGGGCUCUGGUCCGCAACCCCAAAAUUCUCCUUCUGGAUGAAGCCACUUCUGCCCUGGACACAGAGAGUGAAGCCAAGGUGCAGGCAGCCCUGGAUAAGGUAUUCAGUCACAUCCUUUCUGUAUUCUGCUCGGGCUCUUUCCUUUGGGAAGUCUUACAUGCUCCACCAUGCUCUGUUCAGCACUCUCCAAUGCUUAAAAGGACUUCAAGUCUAACAUCAACUAGUCCUAAAAAUGCUUCCCCCCCCCCCCCCUCCUCCUAUCUAUCUUGUCUGUAA